GAGAGUUAGUUUCAGUGAUUCUCACACUGGCAGUAAGCUCUGUGUUCUGAUCCUGCCCCUCUGAUGGGGUUUCAUGCUUGUCGGCGCAGUGUUGACGAUUCGGAAAGCAAGACGGGUUUCCAAGCCUCUUUUUUUUAUUUUUUUUUAAAUGCUCAAGCCAGCAAAAUGAAAACAAGGAUAUCUCAACUCAUCAAUGACAGCUAAUGGAGCCUCAACACGGGUCAGUCACUAGCACCCAAAAAGAGAGAUAAAAAAAAAAGCACAGCGAACUCAAGCGGUCAAAGGACGCCUGGCAGAUAUGAGAGUGAUACUGGCGUGUUGCCUUCUCUCCCUCCUCUCUCUGUCACGUGCCUGUCCAAAAGAGUGCAGCUGCAACACAAACACCAAAGCUGUGGACUGCAGGGGUCGAGGCCUAUAUGACAUUCCCCGUCGAUUGCAUCCAGACACACAAGAAUUAUAUCUCCAAGACAACCGAAUCAGAGGCCUGGGAUCCAUGGCUUUUCGAGAAAUACCCUUUGUUCGCGUUCUCGAUCUAUCCAAUAAUUCCAUAACAACUGUUUCGCCGACUGCUCUUCUGGGGCUCCGAACUCUGCAGCAUCUCAGUCUCGCCUACAACAGCCUGAGGGAGCUUGAUAAGCGGUUGUUUGGACCCAUUCACUCACUUUCACAUCUCGACCUUUCACACAACAGCUUGUGGGGUUUAUCUGGAGCCAUGGGAGAACAUCUGAGAAACCUGAGCCACCUGGGGCUCACCCACAACAGGCUAACACGAUUAGACCGUUCGCUGUUGGAGGCCUUGACCCGCUUGGACAGUAUCACGCUCCGAGGCAACCCCUGGAGGUGCGACUGCCACCUUAUAGGCCUCAAACUGUGGCUUGAGACCUACCUCUAUAAAGGUGGCAUGGUGGAUGAGGUGCUUUGCAGCCAGCCCAUCGAGAUGCGAGAAAGAGAUCUGCAGAAGGUCCCUUACCAGCUCUUCCAUGCCUGCAUGACCACAAGCUACCAUUACUUGUUUGCCAACAUACAUCAUCUGGAAUCGGAGAGGCUGCUGCGAGGCCACAUGCACGGCAACCACGCUCAUCCUUCAAGCCACGCGCUCCAUGUCCCCAUGGGGAUGGGGGAGGGAUUUGCCGGCGGAGGGGGUAAUAUCCCAGAGUGUGAGCCGAAGCAGAGGCACCGACCAGUCAAUUUACGCCACGCUAUCGCCACGGUGAUCAUCACCGGUGUUGUGUGUGGCAUCGUGUGUCUGAUGAUGCUGGCUGCGGCGGUAUAUGGUUGCGCCUAUGCCGCCAUCAUGGCCAAAUAUCAACGGGAGCUUAAGAAAAACGAGGAAUUGGCAGCGGCUCGUGCGGCCGAUCAUGCCAGGAUAGAUGAGAAGGAACCGCUGGAGAAUGCCAUUGCCUAGGAGAUCAUAACAACAACAAAAAAGAACUUCAAACUUGGGCCUCAACCCUUUAACCUAAUCGUCUUUGGAUGACAUAUUUGUGUGUAUGUGCUGUGGGGGGAGAGAAGUGUGUGAAAUUAAUCCUGUUCGUGUGACUUGACAUUUUAUGAAACUUGGGUAGCUAAUUCAAUUCCACAGGUAUUUGACUAUGCACUGAAAAGAACUGGAACUAUGUGACUCUAAGGGGGCAAGCCAAAGAAAGUAUUGCCGUAUUUUUUGGGAUUACAAGGUGCACCGGAUUAUAAGGCCCAUUCUCAAUGAACAGGCCGAUUCGGGGAUAUUUCCAUUUUUAGGGGUUAGAAGCUUUAUUACUUAUAGUCCAAAAAAUACGGUAAAAUGAAUAUAUUCCAUUUUUUCUGAGAAACAUAUCACAGAUAAAGUAGAUGCAAACUGCUAUAUUUAGGGCCUCAGCAGUGACCACUGUGAGGUCGCUCUUGUUAAUAUUAAUAUUUGUAGGUCUUAGUAGAGCUCUGGUAUUCGGAAUUUAUUUCUGAUGUGGUUAUUUGUCAGCUGUUGUUUUGAGUUUUGUCGAAUAUCAAAUUAAUUUUGACAUUCAUAGUAGGCAGCUGGUCUCAGUAAUGUUUUUAUUUCUUUGUGAUGAGAAAAAAAAAGAGUGAUUGUGUGACAGUUGGGUGUGUGCGUAUGCUGUAUCUACCGAAUGCACAUUGUGUAUUUGUAGAGAAUUUCAUUGUUUGUGCCUAAUAAUGUGAUAUAGUUUUGCAGAGAAAAUAUGUUUUAUGAAAGAUAUUUUUCAGACAACCCUUGAAGGGAUGUCGGAAACUUCUUUGAAGCAAUAACAAAUUUACGGGUACAAAUAGAUUAUUGAUCAUUAUUGUACUGCUGCACAAAACCACAAACAAACAAAAUGCAACCUUUUACUGGAAAGUCAAGUGAGGAGUUUGUGAGUCAGGCUGAAAAUCAUUCAGUAUAGAAAAUAAAUGGAAACAUUUUAGCCGUCAA